UUCGCGUUCAACCUCGACACCAGCACCCUGGUAGUGCCUGGCGAAAAACUUAACAUCCGCGCCGUCAGCUGUGGAGGCCUCUGAUAUUUGACAACCUGACAACUCGUUUCUUAUAAGGUUCCCGCCGCUACCUUGACCUCGAUACAGUAUUCUAAUCCGCGCUUGACUCUCUCCCACCCACCUCACUUCGCCCGUUGCACCUCCCUUCGGUUACAGCUAUCGUACCCUCCAUCGCACCGCUCCCCGUUGUUGUGUAGAGGAUAAAUAGGCUUCAUCAACAACAUUGACGAGCUUCUUCUAGCGUAACCACCGUCUAGCCCCGAGCGACUGAUAUUUCCAACCUCUUGAGCCGCGACCAUCUGCCCUUUUGCGACAAACCAUCCAGACUCGCUCUGGCCUUUGCUUCAUCAUGGCUCAGCCUGGCGAAGGAUUUGACUAUGAGAGCCGACCCAGCAACGCCCAUAGUCGGUUUAAGAGCAAGGAAGCCGGCGUUCCAGCGUAUGAUCAGCAUGGCGCCACCCCCGCCGAGGCCGACGACCUCUUGAAUGUUCUAGGUUACCAGUCGGAAUUGACCAGAACUCGGUCAACCUGGCAGGUCGCCUUCAUGUCCUUUGUCCUUGCCUCGGUGCCCUACGGUCUAGCCACGACAGUCUACUACCCAUUGAUCGGAGGUGGUCCGUCCGCCGUUAUCUGGGGUUGGGUCACGGUAUGCCUCAUCAUGGCCUGUGUAGCCAUCUCCCUCGGCGAAAUCACCUCGGUCUACCCUACGGCCGGUGGUGUGUAUUAUCAAACAUACAUGCUGUCCCCUCCGCGAUUCCGCACCGUCACCGCCUGGAUCUGUGGCUGGGCAUAUGUCCUAGGCAACAUCACCAUCACUCUCGCCGUCAACUUCGGAACUAGUCUGUUCAUUGUGGGCUGUGUCAACAUUUUCGAGAACGGCGACGGCGAAGGAGUCUGGGAUCCUGCAGAUUGGCAGGUUUUCCUGGUCUUUGUCGCCAUCACCUUGCUCUGUAAUUUCAUCGCCGGUGGUUUCAAUAAAUGGCUGCCCAUUCUCGACACCUUUGCCGUUUUCUGGACCUUCACCGGCGUCUUUGCCAUUGUCAUUUGUACCCUCGUGAUUGCCAAAGGCGGCCGUAGAAGUGCCAGUUAUGCUUUUGGUGCCGUGGAGACCAAUUCUGGCUGGAUCCCUGGUUGGUCCUGGUGCAUUGGAUUGUUGCACGGUGCCUAUGCUACUUCGGCCACUGGCAUGAUCAUUUCCAUGUGCGAAGAGGUCCGAGAACCCGCCACUCAGGUUCCCAAAGCCAUGGUCGGCACCAUCUUUUUGAACAUGACUUGCGGCUUCAUUUUCCUGGUUCCCCUGGUCUUUGUCCUUCCUCCCAUCGAAGACGUCCUCGCGGCUCCAUCACCCGUGCCAUAUAUUCUCAAGAUCUCCAUCGGCAACAACGGCGGUGCCUUUGCGCUCACAAUUCCGAUUCUGGUCCUUUCGAUCCUUUGCGGCGUUUGCUGUACUACAGCAUCUUCUCGUGCCACGUGGGCCUUUGCCAGAGAUGGAGCCAUUCCAGGAUCAAGAUGGUGGAAAACAGUCAGCGACAGACUAGAUGUCCCCUUCAACGCCAUGAUGCUUUGCAUGACCAUCGAGAUCAUUCUUGGCGUGAUUUACUUUGGAUCAGUCGCUGCCUUCAACGCUUUCAGUGGAUCUGGCGUCAUCUUCCUGACCAUCAGUUACACCAUGCCCAUCCUGGUGUCUCUCCUGACAGGCCGAAAGGCCUUGUCGCAGGGUCACUAUGAUUUUGGAGUCUUUGGCAUCAUCUGCAAUUGCAUCGCGAUUGCUUGGUGUCUCUUUAUCGUCCCUCUUUUCAGCAUGCCAGCCUACCUACCGACUACAGCCGACACCAUGAAUUACGCCUCGGUGGUGUUUGUGGGAGGCGUGACUGUGUCUGCAGCUUGGUAUUUUAUCUGGGGUCGUGCCAAUUACCAAGGUCCUCCGGCCAAGGAAGAGGAUGUGGCUCGGCGCCGAAGUUCCAUCAUUUCGGCCCACUAAGUCAGAAUAAGAGUUGUUGGCGAAAUCGCCAAAAUACUACCCUGGCGCAGUCCCCAAGGAGUUGGAUGUAAUCGUUUGGGUGACCGAUGGAGGUAGACAUAUCAAUACCCUAACCCCAGCGGAAGAUGAUUCAUCUUGAUGGCUGGGUAGGACGGAACAGAAGUCCAUUCCAUUCUAGGAUAAUGAAAUAAUUGGCAUGCCUAUGCUUUUCCACUACAUAUUGAAUUCCAUUUAUGAGAG